AAUGAUUUUAUGGGAAGAUAAAGAAGUCGGUAUUUCUAUCCUGAGCAUCGUUAACUUUCAACAGUCUUUAUGUGCUGAAGGACACCGCCAACCGCAAUGAACGUUCUUAAAAGUAUAUUUUAUAUGCGUAUCAAACUGGUUUAACUUUUCCUUUUUUUACUAGAAGUUCAAGUUCUUGUUCAUCUUCCGUAGUGAUGGUAAACGAAAUAUUUGUUUAUGUUAUAGAGGGCUUUAAGAAACAAGAAGAGCAUAUUUCAAAAUAAAAUCCAGAUCUUUCAUGGGAAUUUCCAAGAUUAUAAUAUAUUAUAAACUGGUUUAACAAAUCUUGUGGUAUUUGGGAACAUCAGAACACAGUUCGUUGGCAACAAAUACCUACGUCUUCCGCUAGUAAUGAAAUUCUCAUUAAAGCAGUACUUCACAGUGAGCACAUAUACCUGGUUUAUGGGUAUAAUCUUAUACCUGGAAACAUAGGUAUCUACCUAAGGCAACUGUAAAUGACAGGGAAUUGGUUAAACCAAAUUUGUCUGACUGAGUGAGUUCAAUGUGUAUGAGAGAGAAGCGCGAGAAGUGUGCAUCAACACAUGUUAGAAAGAUAUAAAAGCCGGCUGAAGAGCGAAGAACAUCACUACCACAUUGCCUAGCAACGGUGACGCAAAAGAUCGUGCAAUCUGACGCGUUGCCAACAUGUUACACCAGAGAAUGUUUGCGUAGGCUUCUAAAAUGGGUUAGGCUACUGUCAAACCUAAGAAGGAGAUUUAGUUCGAAAGAAUGCUGUUUCUAUUUCUGUUGUGUGUAAUAAGAAUAGCAGAAUCUCAAAAAGCUUCGCCAUGUCCUUCGACUUUUUCUUACAAAGAACAAUUAGAGACCUCUCGAGGUAUUUGGGCUGGCGAAAUAACCUUACGAACUGUGGAAGAUCUAACUGGAGUCUUUAUCAACGUGGUGCUUGACAGGCCUGCAGAAUCUCUGGGCAGCUUUUUUGGAGAAGUGACGACCGCAGACAAUCGAGAGUACGUCAUCACAAACACUAAAUAUAACCUAGAGGCGGGGCCAGCGGUAAUCGUAGAGAUCUUCGUGAGGUACAAUACAAACGAGGAAAUACCAAGCGUGAAAAUCAUCCGACUUAAUGGAAAGACAAUAUGUACGACUAAAGUUCAUGAAACAUAUCUUAGGCCCACCUUACCUACACUACACAUCAGCCAGCCGAAAGACACUUCGUCAAGGCCAGCAGAUGGAUAUCAGGAGCCACCAAGACGUGAUGACGGAUACCGUCCACCACCACCUACUCAAAGGCCUGAAAGACCUCCAUCUCAGAGGCCUGGCGAAAGACCUCCAUCUCAGAGGCCUGGCGAAAGACCUCCAUCUCAGAGGCCUGGCGAAAGACCCCCACCUCAAAGACCUGGUGAAAGACCCGCACCUGCUCCAAGACCUUUAGAUGCAGAUUACUCUGUAUAUGGAACGGAACCUUCUGGAGGUCACAGCAACGAGAACGAUUACUCAGGGAGCAGAAGAACCACGGAAAGAUAUAACAGCAAUGAUCGUGACUUCACAACUGAAAGGCAUACAAUGAGUAGGAGAACAACAGAGAGACACAACAAUGAUAAUGAAUAUUCUUCAAAUAGAAGAACGACAGAACGAUAUAACAGCAAUAAUCACGACUACACAACUCAAAGGCAAACAUCACCAGAUAGAAGAACAACUGAAAGCAGUAAUAAUGCAUAUUCAACAAACCAAAGAACUACAGAGCGAUAUCACAGCAACGAAAGUAACGAAUAUCAAUCGAAUAGGGACGAACGAUCUACCGAAAGGAACAAUCCAAGAACUACCAGGCACACUACCACAAGACCUACACCUACAAACCACAAUAUAGGCAAUGCACUUGAGAACCCAGAUGACAGCGAUAGUGAAUUUUUCAUUGGAGAUUUUGGCAAUUACAGACCAACGCAGAGUAAGCCCAGACCAUCGCAACAUGGUAGUUCCUAUACUUGUGGUACAGUGGCUACUCAACCGUCGCCACUCAUCUCCAAUGGACAAGGAACAGUUCCAGGUCAAUGGCCCUGGCAUGCAGCCCUCUACCACUCCAAGGGUCUCCAACUAGUCUACACCUGUGGGGGUACCUUGGUGAGCCUUCAACAUAUCGUGACAGCAGCUCACUGUGUGGCCAAACCUCGCAGCGCAAAACCUAUAGACACCAAUAACAUCAUCAUAUACCUAGGCAAAUAUGACCUAAUUUCUUUCGGAACAGAUGUACAGGAUCGAGAUGCUUCCGAGAUCUUCAUUCAUCCUUCUUAUAAUUACACUACUUUCUUCAACGAUAUUGCAGUGUUGAAACUUUCUGAACCUGCUCAUAUCACUAAUUUUGUUAAGCCUUGCUGUCUGUGGGAAGACAGUAUAAAUACAGAAACUAUUGUCAACAAAGAAGGCACAGUCGUUGGCUGGGGAUUUGAUCAAAACAAGAAGCUGUCAAACAAAUUGAUGCAAGCACAAAUGCCAGUGGUAUCAUCUGUGACAUGCAUCUACUCAAAUAGAGAUUUUUUUUCGCAGUUCACGUUUGAGAACAACUUUUGUGCGGGAUUCAGGAACGGGACUUCAGUCUGCAAUGGGGACUCUGGCGGGGGCAUGGUGUUCCCAAAACGGGGGACAAGUGGCCAGAAUACAGUCUGGCAACUAAGGGGGAUCGUCUCAGUAGGCGUGGCUUUACAAGGAUCAGGAACUUGCGACACAUCACACUAUGUUGUAUUUACAGAUGCUGCCAAAUAUACUCACUGGAUUAGACAGUUGUUAGACUGAUAUUAUAUAUAGUGUAAAUUAUGGAGAGUGCUUGACAUUAGAUAAUUGCUGUUAUUUGUGGUUAAAAUAUAGAAUACAAAAAUACCUUACCUUGUACCAUAUUUUGCUUAACGUUCAAUGGAUCUCUGGCAGUUUUUUUAUUGAAAUAUUAACCACAAAUAUCUAGAUUUCUGAAAAUGCCAUUCACCACCACUACACACAUGAAUGAUUAUCAUUAGUUAUAGCCAAGUUUUGCGCUGGCUCCUUAUGGUGGCCAGUAUGUCUCUAAUUUCAUGUUUCAUUCAUAUAGCCAAGUUUUUAUUCCUCUGUUUAGGUACAUACAAUAUGUGAUAUUGGGCCCUUUGGCAUAGUGAGUAUGACUACUGAAGAGUUUAACCACUCGCCAAGCUGGUUUUCUAAUACCCAACACAUGUGCAAAUUAUUUAAGCAUCUACUGUAGGGAAAGUAUAAAACAGUUUUCAGAUCAAACUGUUUUAAUCUUCCCCUGGAAUGUGUCAGGAUUACAAAUUGGCUUGGUGGAUGGUGAAACUCUGAAGCAGCCAUACAAUUCUAUUGCAUUGUAUAGAUUCAACUUUGUAGAUUCUUGGAGAAUGUUAUUUUCGAGCAACUAUGGGGCAGUCUUGUUACACUACUCCAAAUGUAUGGACUGUUUGGUACAUCCUCUUUUAUAAGAGCUGUACUGGAUAAAAGUGCCUUAAUCCCUAUUCAAGUCAUAACAUGCUCCAACCAUGAAGGUAAACUACAAAUGACACAAUAUGACACAGCUGUGCUUGUUUCUCUGACAACUGGGAGGGUUUUGUAUACCUAAUCAGCCUCUAAAAAUCUUAAUUUUAUUUUCCUUAUACAUGUAUUGUCAAAUUCUAUUGUUGUAUAUAAAUAGAGAUACUAUUUUCUACUUGAAAUAAAUAAAGAUAAUAUUUUAGCUA